AUGUUCGACGUGUUGAUCAUCGGAGCUGGACCUUCAGGACUCUGUGCUGCCAGAACGAUCCUCGAGUGUGAUGAUGGCGGCAUCAACCUUAGACUUAUCGAUGGGAACAAGACUCUCGGCGGCGUCUGGGCCAAAGAGAACUUGUACCCAGGCCUCAACACCAACAAUCUGAGAGGUGGUGUCGACUUCUCCGACUUUCCUAUGGACGACUCUUUUGUCCCUGCUGGCUCCCAUAUUCCGGGAGAGGUGAUGCAUGACUACUUGCAGAAGUAUGCCGCCAAAUGGGACAUUCCCCGACGCAUUGACUACGAAACAUACGUCAAAGAGGUAUCGCGGCUGAGCCCUAACACCGAUGGCUGGAAUGUGCGCGUUCGGAAAGCAGACGGCUCCGAGCAGGAUAUGCAGACCAAGAAGCUCAUCGUUGCCACUGGCAUCACCAACCGGCCCCAUCGUCCUCAAUUACCCGACGUUGCUGAAUUCGGAUGCCCCAUCAUUCACUCUGCUGAACUCGGGAAGCAAUCUGACAGUGUGACAUCUAAAGGCGUUGAGCACGUCGCUGUCCUCGGCGGCGCCAAGUCCGCUUACGACGCCGUCUACCUGGCCGCUUCCAAGGGCAAGAAUGUGCACUGGAUCAUCCGCGCCUCCGGCAAAGGACCUGUGUGGGUGUUCCCGCCAUACACACAAUUAGGACCUAUCAAUGCUUGGCGAGAGCGCCUACCCGUGAGGAGAUUCAUCUCCUGUUUCUCACCCUGGCUCUGGGACGACGGUAUGGGCUGGCUGCGCAACUUCCUGCACCACACAUGGCUGGGCAAGAAGGUGACGCAGGCCUUCUGGGGUGACAUCCACCACGCCACCCUGCGAGACUGCCAGUACGCUAAGGAGAAAGAGCUCAACAUCCUCGAGCCAGAGCAGAGUCCCUUCUGGUACGGAACCGCCUCGGGCGUGUACAACUACCCACCAAACAACGACCUCUACUCCUACAUCCGCUCCGGCGCCGUCACCAUUCACCGCGCCGACAUCACCUCCUUCGCCUCACACAGCAUCACCCUCUCCUCCUCCACCACCCUCCCCGCCGACGCCCUCAUCACCGCCACCGGCUUCUCCGCCCAGCCCGCCAUCACCUUCCACCCCUCCAGCACACACUCCGACCUCGGCCUCCCCUCCAACGACCUCACCCCCUCCCAAACCAAAUUCUGGGCCCACCUCACCACCCUUGCCGACGAGCACAUCGCCUCCAUCUUCCCCCGCCUCGUCCACGGACCCUUCCGCUCCCCGAACUCCACCGAGGUGAAACCCUUCCAUUCGCAACCCGACGCCAACGCCUCCUUCACCCCCUGGCGGCUGUACCGCGGCAUCGCGCCCCCGGGCCCCACGGCCCAGGGCGACCACGAUCUGGUGUUUUUGGGCAUGUUCUCCAACAUCAGCAACACCAUCCGCCUGGAGCUGCAGUGUCUGUGGGCGUGGGCGUACCUGUGUGGCGCGGUGCCGCAUCUCCAUUCCCAUUUCCCCCGGACUCCUGAAGGGGGCCCCCAGCAGCAGCAGUACCAGCAGGAGCAGGAGCAGGAGCAGGAGCAGCGCGUCGAUGACGUGUUUGAGCAAACGGCGCUCUGGAGCCGCUACUGGCAGCUGCGCGCCCCCUACGGGCACGGACGCUACUAUCCGGACGCGGUCUUUGACCAGUUACCCUGCUUUGACGUGUGGCUGGGGGACCUGGGCCUCCGGACUAAGAGGAAGGGUGGGUGGUGUUGGUGGUGGAGGGAGUUGUUUGAGGCGUAUACGCAGGAGGAUUAUCGGGGUGUGGUUGGGGAAUGGAGGGAGGCGCAGCGAGAGCGGGAGCGCGCGGGCCGGGGAAGCGGAGCUACUGCUGCCUUGUGA